UUGUUAAUAUAUAUGCUAAAUAUAGUGCAUAAUGACUAUCCCAAAAAGGGUCCUAGUCUAGUACAGUAAUACGCUCCUACUAGCUAAUAAUGCUAAAAGCCGUACCGAUUCUUGGUUCAUGUUCUUCAGCUUCAUCGUCUGGGUUGGUGGCUUCUCUCUCCCAGAGAUUGAAAUUGAAGAAGAAGAAGAAGGCAAUCCUCCUCCAUCCCAGUUGUGCUUGUGGGUUUUCUUUGAUUUCAAGAACAUCCAUAGCCCCCAAAACAAUCUCAUUAUCAUCAAGAAAAUCAACCUCCCCAUUUCUUCUUCCAGCUCACAAGUACAAUCAAAAGGGCUAUUUCUGCAAUUUCAGAGUUUCUGGGAUGUCUCUUGCUCAUAAUGAAUCCCCGCCCGAUGGCCCUUCGUCAUCAUCGCCAUCAUCAGUUACAAUUCACUCUUCAACUGGCAGCACCCGCAAGAUCAAUUUCUGUCAAUCAUGUGGUGGCCCAACAAAACAUGAGAUACCAAAUGGAGAGGAGAAGAUGAGGGAAGUUUGCACUGUUUGUGGAAAGAUUGCAUACGUGAACCCAAAAAUGGUCGUAGGUUGUUUGAUUGAGCAUGAAGAUAAGAUACUGCUAUGCAGGCGAAAGAUCCAACCAUCAUAUGGCCUUUGGACGCUUCCUGCUGGUUACAUGGAGAUGGGCGAAUCUGCUGCUGAUGGUGCAACUAGGGAAACAUGGGAAGAGGCAAAUGCAGAAGUGGAUAUUUUGUCCCCCUUUGCACAAUUGGAUAUACCUCUUAUAGGUCAGACAUACAUCAUUUUUCUAGCUAAGCUGAGGAGGCCCCACUUUUCACCAGGUCAAGAAUCAUCAGAGUGCAGGCUCUUUGCACUAGAUGAUAUUCCAUUUGAUUCCUUGGCAUUUUCAUCGAUGUUGGUUACCUUAAAACUGUACAUUGAAGAUCGACAGGUUGGAAGGCCCAAGUUUCACUAUGGCAUUAUAAACAAAAGAUAGUACAAAACCAUGUUGUGAAGUUCAUCGCAAGGCAGUUGCUAAGAUGGUCUAGUAGUUGAAUUGGUUAGCAUUGUGGCUAAUUCACUCCAACUGUUUUAUCAGGUAUAUUUUUUCAAAUAACUCAAGAGCUUUAACAUUCUUUCUCUCCUGUUGAUUGUUGACAGGCCUGGGACCAGCCCUUCUGAAAUUUAUGCUUACACGCUUGAUGAUCACAUGAAAUCCUAAUUGUGUGUAACUUUUGUUGAUGAGUCUGCACAGAUCCAACUGAGAUUCAUUGCUGCAGCAACCACUGCUGUUGUACAGAUUUUGAUGCGCCUCUGUUUUAACUUGUAAAUGAUGAGCAAGUAAAGCUUAUCCGAGAAUUUCCUGUAUUUUAUGCAAUUCAAAAGUAAAAUCACUGUCAUUUGAUUCCCUCUAGUGCGGGUGUAUUCCUAGUCUCGGACAGCAUGCUGAAGGGAACAUCUAUUAGGAAUAUCAACUCAAAACAAGGUCCUUCCGCAUUUUCUGUGGAGUUCAGGAUUUACAAAAUACAACUACUUCUGUUGCAAA